AUGUCGGGUCGAUCACCCAUCGACAUGAACAAUAUAACCAUGGACCACCCCAUGUUUUACUCAAUGGAUGAGCUUCCCGGGAGCAUGUCUUCGCAGACUGUCAAUGGAAACGAUACGUCUAUGAGCGGAAUGCUCGAAGAUGGAUUACUGGACUAUCACAAUGGUCUACCUCUGACGAUGGGCGUGAACGACCUCGAUAACGGCGCGGAAAAUAGAAAUUAUUCCCCCCUCGACCCGUCGACGUCGCGCAGCGAGCUGGAUCAGCAAGACGGUAACAAGCAGCCACAGAGUCCUACCGAUGAGGCGGCGAUCAAUACUGUGGGAGGAGGACCGUUACCAACCGGAUGGGGUGCCCCAGGUAUAACGCCGAACAAUGGUAGUACCCUCACCGAGUUCACGAAGAGACGGAAUUGGUCACAGAAAGUAGUGGAGGAGCUCAAGGAUUUCCUUCAUAUCCUCACUCCGGACGGCCGGAUUCUCUAUCUGUCCCCGAGCGUGAAAGCGCUUACGGGAUACGACCCGGAUGAUCUUGUAGGGAAAUUUAUUGUCGACUUUAUUCAUCAAGAUGACAGUGGUAUAUUCGUCCGAGAGUUUAACGAAUCCAUCGCGAGUGGAAAUCCGCUUCGUUUCUUCUAUCGGUUUAGGAAGAAAGAUGGGGCUUAUACCAUUUUUGAAUCUCACGGGCAUCCUCAUUUAACAUCUGAAGCUGCUGCCUUUAAUGCCGGUCCUACUAAUGCCGCGGGUUUCUGUAGAGGCUUCUUUAUGAUGGCUCGACCAUAUCCUACAAAGAACGCAGCUCUUCUUGAUUCUUUUCUGGAGCACAAGAUUGAAAACGCUCGUCUGAUGAGGCGAAUCGAAGACUUGAAACGAGAAGAGGCUGAAGAUGAGAGUCAACAACAGGCUUGGUCCAAGAAGGAUAGCAUAUCGGAAAAUCCAUCAGAAGCUGCCGAAACCAUAACGGGAAGUUCGGUCACUGUCUCGAUCCCUCAAAACGUAACACACGAUGCCCUUGCAAUGCCUCCACCGGCAAAGCCGAACCCGGGUCUUAACAUCGCUCUCACUCGCCAAAAUCUCGAAGAUGCGAAUCUUAGUACCAGACCAGAUUCUAUUGGCGACAAGAUGGCUCGAUAUGAGGCUAAUUCUCAUCGUGAAGCUGUUGAAAUGCUUACGGGAUUACGGUAUCAAGAAGGAGAGCGAAGCCAAGGCAUCAGUACCGGUGAUCAGAGUCCGGCAUUGAUCAGAGGUGAUGCUGGAAUUGCAAUAGCUGUUGACAAAGACUCGAGGGCGAAUGACAAGAGGAAGAAAAUUAAAUUGCCUGAUGAAUACGUGUGCACUGAUUGUGGUACACUGGAUUCGCCUGAAUGGAGAAAAGGUCCAAGUGGACCGAAAACGCUAUGCAAUGCAUGUGGCCUGCGGUGGGCAAAAAAGGAAAAGAAGAAGCCAGGUACCUCGAGUACGCCCGGUGCACUAGUUCAAGGUGCGAGCACAGGAAGUUGA